AUGGUAAUGGUGAUGCAUCUGGUGAGUAGUUCAACUCCAAUCAAUUUAGGCAUUGGGCGAGAUAUUGACCUGGUAGCUUAUGGAAAUCGCAAUGUCACACCUGGAAGAUAUGGUGGUGUUUCAAAACAACGAGUUAAUGGUUUCUUAGCCAAGUUGCAGGGAAAGUUGAAAGGAGUUAUGGAUGAGAUUGGGGAGUUUCUUAGUAAUUUGCAGUUUCAGUGUAGACAUGUGUACAGGGAGGUUAAGUCUGGUUUCUUUGAGGGUGUUAUUCCAACUGAUGGUAUUCUGCCAUUGGCUGCAAGUAUGCUUUUGCAGCAACAAAAAACUCAGGCCUACUAUAAGAACAAGGAGAUUUCUGUUAAAUGGCCAGCAGAUUUUUUCUGUGGAUUCAACAGCUGGUUAGAGGUCUUGAUUGUGGAAGUGCUUUUGCCUUGA